AUGACCGAGUUCGCGAGCGACGCGCCGAUCGCGUCGGCCGCGCAAAGCAACAACCAGCGCACUCCUUCCGCCGCAGAGGGAAAGAGGCGCAGCAACCGAAACCGCAAUCGCAAUCAAGUCGAUGGCGCUAUGUCAGAUGGUGCGCUUGUCAAUUCUACUUCCUCGCCGCAGAAGACCCACAGGCAACGCCGGAGUGUAGCUAUCGCAGCAGCAGGACAGCAGAAGUCCCUUCAACAGAACCCAUACAUGGGCAAUGGAAAUAGCGCAAAACAGAGACCUGUAUCUUAUGCAGGCAAUCAGAUGCUGGCCACGCCUGCAAAAGAGAGGGCGUACGCGGGACCUACAUUCCAGGCUUCACCAGCCGCUUCAGCUCUGCCUAUGCCCAAAUUUAGCAGAUCAGUGCCGAACGGCGGUCGUCCAUCGUCGCUGUCAGCCAAGCUUGCUGGCGAGAAAACUCCAGAAGCAGAGCAGUCCUCACCAGAGGCCGACAUUGUCAAGCCCACUGCUCCUCCGGAUGAAGGUCAUAAGUCGCCAUUAGACCUGUUCUUCCAGGCGGACAAGGCAGAGAGGGAGCAAGCAAGAGCAUUGAGUCAGCCUUCGUUGUCACCGGAAUUCGCAAAGCGACCUGCGACGAUGCCCAGGAAUCCGUUCCAACAAUCUGGACGAAGCAUAUUCUUGAGCGAGCUCGAUGGAGACAAUGCUAUGCCUAGUCCUCGAACAGUGCCUCCAAACACUAGUAGACCACCGUAUGCAGAACGAGCGAUCUCCUCUCCUGGUAUUCCUGCUCGACAUCAAGAGUUCGACCAGGAACGACGUGACUCCACCAAAGCGCUCAAGGACAUGUUAUUUCAGACCGCCAACGGCUCGAACACAAGCACUCCACAAAACCAAUCACGAACCAAUUCAGGACAGCAUACUCCCGAUGGCGUUUUCGGCUCGCCAUCACCGGGUCUGCAACCCAGUUGUGGACCAAGCACUCCACGACCAGCUUCGGAGCAGCAACAACAACAGAAUCACUACUCCCUCCACUAUGGCAAUCGAAAUCUGUCACCUCUGUUCAAAGCCGCUCGUUCUGACUCAUCAACUCGACCGACUUCUGGCCUCCGGCAAGAGGUUCCUAGCGACACCUCAUCCAAUGCUGACUCUGUUGUUGCUGUUGGAGAUCCGAAUAGCCCGAACACCUUUGCACGCAACUAUCUUAAUCAGACGGCACGUACGGCUGGUCCCGCUGAGCUGCCUCCUUUUCCUUACAACAAUCACUCUGCUUCGUUCAAUACUCCUGCCAUGCAGCGCGGCGGCACGGAGCAAAAUGCCGAUGCCGGGAGCCAAUUAAGCGCUCCGCGGGCUCUCCUACUGGAGGAGGUCUGA